CACACGGACUACAGGGGAGUUUUGUUGAAGUUGCAAAGUCCUGGAGCCUCCAGAGGGCUGUCGGCGCAGUAGCAGCGAGCAGCAGACUCCGCGCGCUCCAGCGAGGGGCAGCAGGAGCGAGAGGCCAGCGCCGACACAGCCGGGACCCACAGGCCGCCCAGGCAGAGCCCCAGCCAUGGAACACCAGCUCCUAUGCUGCGAGGUGGAGACCAUCCGCCGUGCUUACCCUGAUGCCAACCUCCUCAACGACCGGGUGCUGAGGGCCAUGCUCAAGGCGGAGGAGACCUGCGCACCCUCCGUGUCUUACUUCAAGUGUGUGCAGAAGGAGAUCCUGCCGUCCAUGCGGAAGGUCGUGGCCACCUGGAUGCUGGAGGUCUGCGAGGAGCAGAAGUGCGAGGAAGAGGUCUUCCCGCUGGCCAUGAACUACCUGGACCGCUUCCUGUCGCUGGAGCCGGUGAAGAAGAGCCGCCUGCAGCUGCUGGGGGCCACCUGCAUGUUCGUGGCUUCUAAGAUGAAGGAGACCAUCCCCCUGACGGCUGAGAAGUUGUGCAUCUACACUGACAAUUCCAUCCGGCCGGAGGAGCUACUGCAAAUGGAGCUGCUCCUGGUGAACAAGCUCAAGUGGAACCUGGCCGCCAUGACCCCUCACGAUUUCAUUGAGCACUUCCUUUCCAAAAUGCCUGAGGCGGAGGAGAACAAACAGAUCAUCCGCAAACACGCCCAGACCUUCGUUGCCCUCUGUGCCACAGAUGUGAAGUUCAUUUCCAACCCACCCUCCAUGGUGGCCGCUGGGAGCGUGGUGGCUGCAGUGCAAGGCCUGAACCUGGGAAGUCCCAACAACUUCCUGUCCUACUACCGCCUGACGCGCUUCCUCUCCAGAGUCAUCAAGUGUGACCCGGACUGUCUCCGGGCCUGUCAAGAGCAGAUCGAAGCCCUGCUGGAGUCAAGCCUGCGCCAGGCCCAGCAGAACUUGGACCCCAAGGCCACAGAGGAAGAGGAGGAAGAGGAAGAAGAGGUUGACCUGGCCUGCACCCCGACCGAUGUGCGAGAUGUGGACAUUUGAGGCGCUGUGGCCGCGGAGCGCCCCGCAGCCAGGGAGAGCAGGCCAGGGGCUCCCCUGGGAGAGUCCCUUUUCUCUGGGACAUUUUGCUACCAGAAGGGAAAGUUUCAUUCUCUUUGUCGUUGGUUUUUUUUUUUUUUUUCCUUUGCUCUUUCUCCCUUCCGUCUCUGAUUUAAGCAAAAGAAAAAAAUUACCCAAAAACGGUCUUAAAAAAGAGAAAGAGAAAAAAAAAAAUAGUAUUUGCAUAACCCUGAGUAGGGAGGAGAGGAAGUUAUGCCACAAAAAUAGAGGAAUUUUAUACCCUAGUAAUCAACUAGUUUUUAUAUUAAUGUGCUUGUGUCUUGGUGUCGUGAAAUAGGCAUUAACACAAAGGAAACAUUUCCAGGGAAGGAUUAGAUUUGAUUCUUUAUGUUGUUUCGAAAAAAAAAAAAAAGAAAAAGAAGAAAAAAGCAUAAAAACAUUUAAAAAAAAAUUCAGCAAACCAUUUUUAAAGUAGAAGAGGGUUUUAGGUAGGAAAACGUACCCUCGUGCUUUUCCUAAGGCACAGCUUUAGCGUGGUUCUAGGCAUCUCUGUAUCUCGCUUGCUCGUGCAUGUAGUCACUUUAUAAGUCAUGGUAUGUGUAUUUUAUUUUGUAGGUAGACGUGUAACCUCUUCACCUUACCGAUGGUUGAUGUAGCUCUCAGAGUAGCCUAGAGGCGGCCUCCUUGCAUGCGCCCCCUACCUGAGCGGAGGCCUGCCGGGCUCCAGCCAGCGUAGCAGGAUCGGGAAAGGCCAGCUCCCACUCCCACUCUACGCUACUGUCGAGAGAAAACAAAAUAGUGACAUAAUAUAUUCUAUUUUUAUAAUCUUCCUAUUUUUGUAGUUACCUGUUUAUGAGAUGCUGGUUUUUCACCCUGCGGCCUGCUCACAUCCAGGUUAAAUCCACAGGUUUUUUUUUUUUUGUUUUUAUUUUUUUGUUUUUGUUUUUGUUGUUGUUGUCGUCCCUUCUCCAUAUUCUAAAACCAUUCCAUUUCAAAGCACUUUCAGUCCAGUAGGUCUAGGAAUAUCGCUGUUGAGGUCGUGUGUGGAGGGGGCAAUUUUUUAAUGGAAUGGUUUGGGAAUAUAUUCGUGGACUUGUGUGCAGACAGGAUUGCGAAGCCAGUGCAUGUCACUGUGGGGUUAGUGAAAGGGAGAUGUUUUUGAAGGCUGUGUCCCAGUCAAGAAGAAAAAAGAUUUGCAUUCUCACAUUGCCAGGAUAAGUUCUUUUCUUUUUCUGUAGAGAAGUUGGAAGUUUAGGACUCCUUUGGUGCCAACUGGUGUUUCAAAGUAGGGACCUCAAAGGUUUACCCAGAGAACAGGUAGUUUAAGGGUUACCUUUAGACAUUUCACAACAGAAGGUUUUAAACACUAAAAUAUAUAAUUUAUAGUUAAGGCUAAAAAGAAUAUUUAUUUCAGAGGAUCUUCAAGGCCAGUAUGAUUUAUAAAGUAAUGCAAUCUCCCCUUGAUUUAAACAGAUACACACACACACACACACACACACACACACACACAUUCAGCCUUUGAUGUUGCAGGUUUAAUACAAUUUUGAAAAGUGAGGGGAAGAAAAAAAAUCUCAAGAAAAAAACACACUAGGGCAUUGAUUUGGCUUGUUUGGCAUCGUUCAGUGAUCUCAUCGGAGACGUAUGAGAAUCAGGAAGAAAAUUAGGGUACUAGAAACAAAUUCAGUUCCAAUAGAUUCUUAUCGCCUGCUCCCUCCUUUAAAAAGUUAGUGACAAAUAGACCAUUUGCACAUCUUGGCUAUGUACCUUUUGCCAUUUUUCUUGAGGAAGUGUUGAAGGGAGGUGGCGAGAAGUUGAGGCUGAUGCUUGAGAGAGGAUGUGAAGGAGGGAAUUUGGAGAGGGGGGACGGGGCGGUGACCACGCGAGAGACAGGCUGCGGCUCCGUUUUCCUAUUGCGCUGCUACCAAUGACUCCCCGGCAAGGUUUGAAAACAGACUCACGUUGCUUCUCUGUAUCUCUUUCAUAUUGUUUUGCUGCUAUUGGAGGAUCAGAUUUUUGUUUUACAAUGUCAUAUACUGCCAUGUUUUAGUUUUAAGUUUCUCGUAGAACAUUGUAUUACAGAUGCCCUUUUUCUUUAGUUUUUUUUUUUUAAUUUUUUUUUUAUGUGAUCAAUUUUGACUUAAAUGUGAUUACUGCUCUAUUCCAAAAAGGUUCCUGUUUCACAAUACCUCAUGCUUCACUUAGCCAUGUAGACCCAGCGGUCAGGUUCUGUCUGCCUCGGCAAACAGACGGGCAGACGAGAUCCCAGGAUGGGCCUGGUGGGAAUCGAUUGGCCCCAAGGCCACGUUCCCCCCCACGUGGGCAUCUCUGAAGACCAGGCUGUGUCCGUUUUCUUUUCCCUGAUGCUGGACUCUUAUCUGAUCUGGGAUGUACCAUCAUAGUAGUUUUUCCAGCUGUAUCAUUCUUUGCGUGUAGCUAUGAAAGUUGCAUUAUUAUUAUUAUUAUUAUAACAAGUGUGUCUUACGUGCCACCAUGGUGCUGUGCCCGUAGGACUCUGUCAUUCGGGAUGAUUGGAAUAGCUUCUGGAAUUUGUUCAAGUUUUGGGUGUUUAAUCUGUUAUUAUGUACUAGUGUUCUGUUUGUUGUUGUUUUGUUAAUUACAGCAUAAUGCUAAUUUAAAGAGACUCCAAAUCUCAAUGAAGCCAGCUCACAGUGCUGUGUGCCCAAGAGUCGCCUAGCAAGCUGCCGAACCAAAAGGAUUUGUACCCACUGGUGGACCCCUGAGGCUCUUGGCAGGCCCAGGAUUGGCCCACCCUGCCCCUCCCACCCCCUCCAGAACACUGCUUCGCUUACCUCAACUGUUCUGGCCGCGGCAUCUGUCUGAACCAAGCCAGGUCCUUGAGGGAUGGGUUGUCCGUAGUGAUGGGGCAAGGGCAGAUGUCUUCGAUAAUUGUGCAUGCGAAAAAGGCCCCAGGCUGGUGGCAGGUCCACAGCACAGCGGAGUCUGUCCUGUGAUGCGCAAGUCUGUGAGGGUCUCUGGUCAGCGGGCAGUUUGGGUCUGUGUGUUUCUGAUUGCACACUGCGGCGCUUCCCAGCACGGACAUGUAACCGGCACAUUUCCAGCAGAAAACAAGAUAAACGUGAAGUCUAGAAAUAAAAUUGGUAAAACCCCA